UUGCCCCGCGAGCCGCCCGGUGUCCAGGACCUGGCGGGGAAUGGACGGAGGGAGCUGCUGCAUUGCGGCUGCUGCGAAAGAAGCCGAUAGCAGCGCGCGGCUCCGGAGCGGAGGAAGGCGGCCGAGCGGGAGCUGCGGGCGAAGCGGAGUCAGGCUGGCGGCUGAGGGGGCCGGAGGGCGAGGGCCGAGGGAGCCACGAGCCCCCGCAGCUGAGGAGGUGGCGGCGGCAGCGGCGAAGCGCGAGGUAGGCGGCAGAGAGGCGCUGGUGUAAAUGACUGCUGCUGCCUCCCAGACCAAGAUAACCUGCUCAGUCAGCUGGAGCCCCCUGUGGACAGCUGUCUCUCUCUCAGCUGAUGGAAACUGCUACUACCCACUGAAUGGGGAAGAGUGAAGUAAGAUCCACAGUACCAGCAGCAGCCACCGCCACCGUAGUAGCAGCAGCAGCAGCAGCCGCCGCCGCCGCCGUGGAAACAGCAGCAGCAGCAAGCAAGAGCUCUAUUGUUCCUUGGUGUUAAACAGUCCCCCCCCUCCUUUUCAACUGGCAUGCAGAAUAGCUGGAAAGCCAUUUCCCUUCUGCCCUCCCUGUGAAGACAUUCUGAAAGGGGGGAAAGAAAUUACUCACGCAAGGGUUACCCAUUGUGCGGCAGAUUUUGACACUGAAGCAGGCUUCUGGAGGCAUGGGGCUGAGAGAGAAGAGCGCAGCUUUAAUCGGUGGUCCAGGGGCUUCAUCUCUUUCAAGCAAGUGCAUUGGAGUUCUCGUGCUUCUCCUGUUUGGAAUCUGGGGAGCUAAGGCGCAAAGUGAAUUUGAAACUUCAUCCGUGUAUUUGUGGAAGACUGGUCCAUGGGGCAGGUGCAUGGGAGAUGAAUGUGGCCCAGGAGGCAUCCAAACUCGAGCGGUCUGGUGCGCCCACGUGGAAGGAUGGACCACACUGGUCACGAACUGCAGGCAGGCAGAGAGGCCAGACAACCAGCAGAACUGCUUCCGGGUUUGUGACAGGCACAAGGAGCUAUACGACUGGCAGCUGGGCGACUGGAAUCCAUGCCAGCCAGUUCUUUCAAGGAGCAUUGAAAAACCCGCAGAGUGCGUCCGAGGGGAAGAAGGGAUUCAGAGGAGACACAUCACCUGUGUCCAGAAAUCGAACGGUGUUGUUGCUGAGGACACUAUAUGCGAGUACUUUGAGCCGAAGCCUCAGCUAGAACAGGGAUGCCUCAUCCCUUGCCGGCAGGACUGCAUCGUGUCCGAAUUCUCGGCUUGGUCAGAGUGCUCUAAGACAUGUGGCAAAGGGCUGACGCAUCGCGUCCGCCACAUUGUUGCCCCGCCCCAAUACGGAGGCUCUGCCUGUGCUAACCUGACUGAGUUCCAGGUUUGCAACUCGUCUCCAUGCAGCGCUGAGGAAAGCAUGUACAGCCUGAAUGUGGGGCCCUGGAGUUCCUGUUCGGUGCCCCACACACGUCACGUAAGGCAAGCGAGGAAACGAGGGAAGAACAAAGAAAAGGAAAAGGACAAGGAAAAAGCGAUAAGGGACCCGGAAGCCCGUGAGCUUCUGAAGAAGAAAAGGAACCGUAACAGACAGAACAGACAGGAGAACAAAUAUUGGGACAUACAGAUUGGAUACCAGACGAGGCUGGUGAUGUGCACUCACAGGAAUGGGAAGACUGUUGCCUUGAGCUUUUGCCAACAAGAGACGCUACCAAUUACCUUCCAGUCCUGUGUGAUCACUAAGGAAUGCCAGGUGUCAGAAUGGUCUGAAUGGAGUCCAUGUUCCAAAACAUGCUUUGAUUUGACAUCCCCUAAAGGUAAUCGUACAAGAACACGGACCAUUAAGCAGUUUCCUAUUGGCAGUGAAAACGAGUGUCCAGAGCUAGAAGAAACGGAACAGUGCACAUCUCAAGGAGAUGGGGUGGCUCCUUGUAUCACGUAUGGAUGGAGAACCACAGAAUGGACAGAAUGUCGCAUUGACCCUUUACUAAGCAAACAGGAUAAACGUCGAGGAAAUCAAACAGCUCUGUGUGGAGGUGGGAUUCAGGUUCGGGAGGUAUAUUGUGUGCAAGCUAAUGAAAAUCUCCUCUCCUAUUUAAAUACCCUUAAGGAAAAAGAAGAAAGUCAGUCACAGAGCACAUCGAGGGCUAGUGCUGCACCACUUCUAUCAAUCACUUUUGAAAUAACAGCAUCUAAGCCAGUGGACUACAAACUGUGCACAGGGCCGACACCUAGCACAACGCAAUUGUGCCAUAUUCCGUGCCCCAUAGAGUGUGAGGUAUCAGCCUGGUCGGCUUGGGGGCCGUGUACCUUUGAAAGCUGUGAUGACCAACAAGCCAAAAAGGGUUUUAAACUAAGGAAACGUCGCAUUACAAACGAACCUACAGGGGGUACUGGCAACUGUCCUCAUCUGCUUGAAGCCAUCCCAUGUGAAGAACCUUCUUGCUUUGAUUGGAGGAUAGUACGGCUGGAAGACUGCGUUCCAGACAAUGAGAAGGAGUGUGGGCCUGGUACUCAGGUGCCACAGUUUGUCUGCAUCAACAGUGAUGGAGAAGAGGUUGAUAGACAGCUGUGCAGAGAUGCUAUCUACCCAGUCCCCAUCGUCUGUGAAGUUCCAUGCCCAAAGGAUUGUGUACUCAGCACGUGGUCUGGUUGGUCCUCCUGCUCACACACCUGCUCUGGCAAAACCACAGAAGGAAAACAGAUGCGUGCUCGCUCCAUUUUGGCAUAUGCAGGUGAAGGAGGACUUCAGUGCCCAAACAGCAGUUUGCUGCAGGAAACACGCAGCUGCAAUGAACAUCCAUGCACAGUGUAUCACUGGCAAACAGGACCUUGGGGCCAGUGUGUAGAGGAUGUCUCCGUGUCGGCAUUCAAUUCUUCUGCAGGCUGGAAUGGAGAGGCCACCUGUGCUGUUGGAAUGCAAACAAGGAAAGUCAUCUGUUUGAGGGUCAACGUGGGACAAGUUGGACCCAAAAAGUGUCCUGAAAGCCUUCGCCCUGAGACCGUUAGACCUUGCUUGCUACCCUGUAGGAAAGACUGCAUUGUGACACCUUACAGCGAUUGGACACCAUGCCCUUCAUCAUGUCAAGAAGGGGAUAUGAAAGUGACGAAACAAUCUCGGCAUCGAGUGAUCUUGCAACUCCCUGCGAAUGGUGGCCGAGACUGCCCAGAUACUUUGUAUGAAGAAAAAGAUUGUGAAGCUCCUCCCGUCUGCUUGUUUUUCAGAUGGAAGACUCAUAAAUGGCGCAGGUGUCAGCUCGCACCAUGGAAUGUUCGUCAAGCCAGCCCCGGUGCCCAGGAAACAUGUGGGCCUGGUCUACAAGCAAGAGCUAUUACUUGUCGCAAGCAAGAUGGCGGACAGGCUGACAUCAGUGAAUGCCUUAAGCAUGCAGGCUCUUUGCCACCUUUAACACAACCCUGCCAAAUCCCUUGCCAAGAUGACUGUCAGUUCACAAGCUGGUCAAAGUUCUCUUCUUGCAAUGGGGAUUGCGGAGCAUUUAGGACAAGAAAGCGCUCUCUUAUUGGGAAAAGCAAGAAGAAGGAGAAAUGCAAAAAUCCCCAGCUGCAUCCACUGAUUGAGACCCAGAUCUGUCCAUGUGACAAGUAUAAUGCCCAGCCUGUGGGGAACUGGUCAGACUGCAUCUUACCCGAAGGCAAAGUAGAAGUACUGCUGGGAAUGAAAGUACAAGGAGACAUCAAAGAGUGUGGGCAAGGCUACCGUUACCAAGCCAUGGCUUGCUAUGAUCAAAACAGCAGACUGGUCGAAACAUCACGAUGCAACAGUCACGGGUACAUCGAGGAAGCUUGCAUCAUCCCAUGCCCCUCGGACUGCAAGCUCAGCGAAUGGUCCAACUGGUCUCGCUGCAGUAAAUCCUGUGGCAGUGGGGUGAAAGUCAGGUCCAAAUGGCUCCGGGAGAAGCCCUACAAUGGCGGAAGGCCUUGCCCCAAGUUGGAUCAUGUCAAUCAGGUAUAUGAGGUAGUCCCGUGCCACAGCGACUGCAGCCAGUACAUCGGGGUCACUGAACCCUGGAGCGUGUGCAAAGUGACAAACGUGGACUUAAAGGAGAAUUGUGGAGAAGGUGUGCAAACGAGGAAAGUAAGAUGCAUGCAGAACACCAUGGAUGGUCCUUCGGACACUGUUGAAGACUACCUAUGUGACCAAGAAGAGAUGCCCAUUGGUGCUAGAAAGUGCACAUUGCCAUGCCCGGAGGAUUGUGUCAUGUCUGAGUGGGGCCAAUGGUCUCGGUGUUCCUUGCCGUGUAAUGGAAGCAGUGUGAGGGAACGAACAGCGGAAGUCGUGAGGCAACCUCAAGGAGGAAAGCCCUGCCCUGCUGCCGUGGAGACAGAACCCUGCAGCCUGAACAAAAACUGCUACCAUUAUGAUUAUAAUGUGACAGACUGGAGCACCUGCCAGCUAAGUGAGAAAGCCGUCUGUGGUAACGGGAUCAAAACAAGGAUGCUUGAUUGUGUUCGCAGCGAUGGCAAGUCGGUGGACCUGAAGUACUGUGAAAAGCUUGGCUUGGAAAAGACCUGGCACAUGAAUACAUCUUGUGUGGUAGAAUGCCCUGUGAACUGCCAGCUGUCGGACUGGUCUCCGUGGUCUGAGUGCUCUCAGGCUUGUGGCCUAGCCGGAAGGAUGCUACGCAGGAGAACUAUUAUUCAACCAUUCCAAGGUGACGGGAGACCUUGUCCUUCGCUAAUGGAGCAGUUCAAACCAUGUCCAGUAAAGCCCUGUUAUCGGUGGCAGUAUAGUCAGUGGGAUGAAUGCAAAGUUGAGAAUGCUCAGUGUGGAGAAGGGACAAGAGUCAGAAACAUUUCCUGUGUGGUCUAUGAUGGAUCCAGCGAUGAUGCUGGGAAAAUAGUGGAUGAAGAAUUUUGUGGGGAAAUUGAACCGGUUGUUGAUGGCAAUAAGAAAAUGGUGCUUGAGGAAACAUGUACCCUACCUUGCCCAGGUGACUGUUACUUAAAGGAGUGGGCAGAAUGGAGCCUCUGUCAGUUGACCUGUGUAAAUGGCGAAGAUCUUGGCUUUGGGGGAAUACAAGUUCGAUCUCGAGCGGUGAUCAUUCAGGACCUAGAUAAUCAACACCUUUGCCCAGAGCAAGUAUUGGAAACAAGGCAGUGUAAUGAUGGCCAGUGUUAUGAAUACAAAUGGAUGGCCAGCCCAUGGAAGGGAUCUUCUCGAACAGUAUGGUGCCAAAGGUCAGAUGGAUUAAAUGUUACAGGAGGCUGCUUAGUGAUGCGCCAGCCAGAUGUUGACAGGUCAUGUAAGCCACCGUGCAGCCAGCCCUAUUCUUACUGUAGUGAGACCAGAACGUGUGCCUGUGAAGAAGGGUACACAGAAGUAAUGUCUUCUGACGGCACACUUGAGCAGUGCACUCUCAUCCCGGUGGUCGUCAUCCCCACAGUGGACGACAGAAAGGGAGAUGUAAAAACCAGUCGAGCUGUAAACCCCACGCAGCCAUCUAAUCCCCAAUCAGGACGAGGAAGGACUUGGUUCCUGCAGCCUUUUGGACCAGAUGGGAAGCUGAAGACCUGGGUUUAUGGUGUAGCUGCUGGUGCAUUGGUUUUGCUCAUCUUUAUUAUUUCUAUGGUAUAUCUAGCCUGCAAAAAGCCAAAGAAGCCUCAAAGAAGACAGAACAACCGUCUCAAACCUUUAACGCUGGCUUACGAUGGAGAUGCAGAUAUGUAAAAUAAUGACUUCCCAUUGACUCUAGUCUCUUGAAACUGUAGUGUUCAAAAACAACACACAUGUGUGUACGUUACUGAGCAGAUGUUACACCACAAGACAAAAAAAAAAGACUUCACAAUGGCCAUGGAUAUUCCAAGAAACAUGCUUUGUUCUA